GAAGCGUGUCACCUGCCCUGCUGGGCUCAGGGCUGAGAGCUGGGCCUGUGGAGUUUGCUCCUUGCUCUGUGCAUCAUCACCUUGGUUCUCAGCCAUCUCCUGGAGCAUCCUUCCUUGAGAGCCUGCUCAGCGUUUGAGGAGGAUUGCGGGCAGUCCCCUGCUGGUGUGCUGAUCAGCUAGCUACCAGGGCUGGUUAGCCACCAUGGCUGAUGAGAAGACCUUCCGAAUCGGCUUCAUCGUGCUGGGCCUCUUCCUGCUAUCCCUGGGUACAUUCCUUAUGAGCCACGAUCGACCCCAGGUCUACGGCACCUUCUAUGCCAUGGGCAGCGUCAUGGUGAUCGGGGGUGUCAUCUGGAGCAUGUGCCAAUGCUAUCCUAAGAUCACCUUUGUGCCAGCAGACUCUGACUUCCAAGGCAUCUUGUCCCCAAAGGCCCUGAGCCUGCUGGAGACCGGGCUUUCGGAGGUAAAGAGCCCCCAGCCCCCCUACGUCAGGCUGUGGGAAGAAGCCGCCUAUGACCAGAGCCUCCCAGACUUCACUCACAUCCAAAUGAAGGUCAUGGGCUACAGUGAGGACCCCAGGCCACUGCUGGCCCCCGAGCUGAAGACAGGAGCCAGCAGUGUCAGGGAAGGCGAGCCUCGUACUGCUCAGGCCUGGAUGGAGGCUCCGGUGGUCGUCCAUAGAGGGUCAGAUGAGAACGAGGGAGAGAAAUCCCAUUCUCAGAGCAGCCCUUCAGUGGGUCCCCAAGGCUCUGCACCCUUGGCCUCAUUCCAUGACGACCUGGACGUGGGCUCCAGCGAAGGCAGCAGCCUGCAACCAUCCCCCAACAGGGAUGAGCCACACCGGCAGGUGCCCUGGGCCAGCAGGGGUCCACUGGAUCGCUUCAGUGACUUUGCUCUGAUUGACGACACCCCUACAUCUGAGGACACGGUCCUGGACGGGCAGGCACGGGAGGCAGCGCUACCCAGAAAGCAGCAAUGGUCCCUGAGGAUGAAGGGGGAGACUGUCCAGGCACGCGCAGAAGAACCGGAGCAGGAGGAGGAAGAUCUGUACUACGGGCUGCCAGACAGCCCUGGGAACCCCCUACCCGACAAAGAGUUGGGCUUCGAGCCUGACAUCCAGGGCUGAGAUGAAACUGCCUCCUGUGUCUAGCCUGACAGCACUGCUGUCUUCAUGUGACCCCUCAAGGGCUCAGUUUUCCAAGUCCCAAACAGGAUUGUAUGGAGGACCAAGUGAGGCAGUGAACUGAAGCAUCUUGGGAACUGAAAGGAACACACAUGGGGGGCAGCAAUCCUCCCCCCUGCGAGCCACAUGCGUCUGGUUGUAGCUUGUUCUGCUGACCUGCAGGGACAGUGGGGUUUUCUGAGGUCCUGUGUGACAGCCAGACCCCCAGAAGCCCUUCUCCAUCUCCUAAUGCUAGCUUCUGAUUGGGCCUCCUGUGGUGCUACCCAGGGCCUCUGAGAACCCCAUGUCCACUGUGUUUUGGUCCUCUGAUGGGUGUUGGACUCACGCACCCCUCUCAGAGCCGAUGCUGUCUCCUGGCUCAGUGUCUUUAGCAGUUUCUCUGCUCUGGGAUCUAUGACUCUCUGUGGCUGACUUCUGCUGAGCUGAGCUGACCUCUGGAUAUUACUCUAGUCCCUCCUGUUCAUGCCCCUAGCCCAUGCCUAUACCCUUGCUUGAGCUGUGUUCUUCCAGGGCCCCUUGUGCUGAGUGAACUCCCACCCAUUCCUAUACACCCACCAAAGUGACCUUUCUCCUGCUAGUUUUCCUGGCAUCCCAACCCCUAGAUGAGAAUUUCCCUCUGGGGCUUGUGUGUCCAUUUCUCUGGCUGGUGCUUGCCACUGCCCAGGGACAGCAUCUUGACUUCAUUCACCAGAGUUCCCAGGAGACCUUUGGCGUAUGCAGAUCUCAGCAGAUCUUGGAACCUUUGCAGAUAGGGUCACCCUCCCCAGUUUUGACAAGUAUGGACUCUUAGUCUCUGGCACCCACUUUUCAAAAUGGCUUCUAGACAGUCAUAAAAACCAGGCGAAAAGCUACCAGAAGAGAACCCAACAACAACUCACAAAGCACACUUGCAUUGGUUUGGAAUGGACAAAAUCCAGCUGCUGAAGUAAUUCCACUUGGUGCCCUUGGCACUUACUGAGCAUCUGCUAUGUGCCAGGCUCAGCUUGGAAAACAGUCAUUGGUCCCUGACCCUGUAAAGGGCUCAUGGUCUGAGCUGGCUGUCUUGUAAGCUGGGAACACAGCAUGGAAGGUGGAUGGGAGCAGAGUCACUCUCCUGUCUGCAGGUCUUGCAGAACCCUCUGUUCUCAGCCCAGCAUGGAAGGAGCCAUAAGGAGAAAGGUGUUGCUGCUUUCUCCAGCCAGGUCUACACAACUUAGACCUGUUCUGAGAUGUCUAAGAGCAGGGCACUGGGAGAAGGUUAGGGGUCUCAGCCGAGGGAAGGAGAUGCCCACCGGUGCUCACUGAGAACACACCACAACCCUCCCCAUGUCUGGGGCAUUUCUACCUCUUCAGUGAAGACGCCUCCACCAGGCACCUCCUCUCUGCUGAUAGGUCACAGACCAGGUGUCCCUGCUCCUGUCUCAGCCAAGGGUGAGGUGACAUGUAGCUGCUGUCUGUGUACUGCUGGCCCAGGCAAGGACUGACUGUGACCCACAUCAGACAGAGCAAAGUCAGCACCAGGGGAUGAAAUAAAAAAGUUUUUUAACUUCAAAA